AUGAGUGAGCCGACCGUGAACUUCAGCGUUCAGACGCGCCAGGUUCAAUUCGCUGUUCCGUCUGAGCUUAUCAAAAAGAACUUCAAAACGAUCCAGAAACUUGUGGAGAAGCUGAAGAAACUGGUCUCGGAGGAAAUCAGCAAUAUAAAGAAGAAUCCUAAUCUUACCAAGGAUGAGAAACUUCUGAUAAUACGAAAGCUUAUUAAAACUUUCGAAGCAUAUCAAAAGAAACUCGCAAUGGCAAUUCACAAUGACGAGGACUACAGAAUGAGAUUGACAACCCGAGCCAAGCACAUAAGUGCCUUGAAAAACUUCACACUAGAUCAUACCUCCUCAAAUGAAGACAAGCAUACCGAUGAAGACGAUAAGCUACUAGAUCUUCACAACGAGAAACUCAUCAGUUGGUAUAGAGGCGAGACAAACCUUUUGAUUAUCGAUUACUUGUUGAAGUCAAACACAAGGAAGGACAAGAACCUUGGAAGUGAACUCAUGAAGGGCCUUGCCCCAACUUUUGAGUAUGACAUCACGAAGUUGGUGGAUCAUGACGUCUACGAAAGUUUCAACAAGGUCUUCUUGUCUAUCAAUAUGGACCACGAUUUAGAGUUAAUUGCUGCGUGGUACAACGACAACAAGAACGCUUUGAAGAAAUUGAGCUCGAAUUUGCAAUUUGAGAUACAUUAUUGUAAAUAUUUGUCCAUGAUUGAGACCGGGCAAGCACUGGAGGCGAUUUCAUACUGCAAAACCUAUCUCGCACCAUACGGUAACGUCAAGAAUUACCUGGGCGAUGACCUCAUAAACUUCGAGAAAAAUCAUAAGAGACUCACAAAAGUUGGAGCACCACUUGUAUAUGUGUCAAUGUGUCUAGACGCUUAUUCCAGUGAAAACGGAGGUCCUAGCAAAGAACUCUCAUCGAGAUACUCGAAGUAUAAUGCAUUGAUGUCCGAGGAACGCUGGAGAGGACUUUCUAAAUGCUUCACCGAAGACUUUACAAAAAUUUACGUCAUCCCAAAGACCUAUCCAUUGUUGGUCCUAUUGUCAGCAGGUCUUUCUAGUCUUAAAACGAAGUCAUGUUAUUGCAACGACGAGAAUACGAUUUUCAAAACCCAUAAGAAUGAAAAGCUUGAAGUCAGCAGUUGGCGUGACUUAUCGCUUCGCGGGCCAAAUUAUUACUACAAGCUCUUGAAAAAGAUUAAUCAGUGUCCCGUCUGUUCCCCCGAACUAUUCCAUUUGAGUCUGAACCUACCUUAUGCACAAUUACUCACAAGCAUAUUGAACAAUCCCUUCAAGCUUCCAAACGGCAAUAUAUAUCCGUUUGAAAAGCUACUCAACCCGACUAAGAAGAUGCUUGAAGCGACGGGAACACUAGGGUUAGAUGUUCCUGAUAGAUGA